AAUAAUAAACACCGGAUUCAUGUUUUGUUUCUACUUCCAUUCAGUGUGUUAAUUUAUAAUUAAUUCAAAAUAUGAUGAUGUAAUUAAAGAAUUUUAAUUGUAUUGAGAAGUGUAAUUUUUCUUGUGCUAUAUACUUCUUAAAGCAUGGCUGCUCUUUGCAAAAAUGUGUUUUCGCCUAUUAAUAUGGCAUUGGCAACUCGUACUAUAAGUACAUCUGCAAUAUGUUGUAAAGCUCAAGCAGGAAGGCACAAACGCACCAAGAAUCAGUCUAAACCGCUUACAUAUGAACAAUUCAAUGGGCCCUUUCAAAUACACCACAGAAAAUCAUGGAAUACCUGGAACACAACCAACUUAUUGGAUGGAGAUGAUGAAAUCAGAGCAUCUCAGACAGCUGUAGAAGACUUCUUUAUUCGUAAAUUCAUGUUUGGAACUUGGCAUAAACUUUUUGUUUCUGAUGUAAUAAUCAAACGAAGGCAUAAUUUAAUUGUCAUUACUGGAAUCAUUGUGCGAUCUCUUCAAGUCAGAAAACUUUAUUUUCUAAUUGGAUAUACUGAGGAAAUGUUGAGUUACAUUUUUAAAUGCCCUGUAAAAAUAGAAUUACAAAGCACUCCAGAUAGAAAAGAUGUUGUCUUCAAAUAUGUUUGAUUUUAAAUAUCAUCUCAGGAAUAAAAAAAGUCAUGUUAACAGUAGAAAAAGUAAUAAAAUUUCACUCUUUGCUAUA